CAGUCUCUGACGAGCCAUGGAGAGCUGCCGCCGUGGCCGGCCGGCGACGCGGGCGCCCCAGACGUAGUUUGGCCACCACGAAGAAGGAAAAAAGUGCCCGCGGGCGGCCGUGGACUUCCCGCCCUUGUCCCGCGAGGCCCCGCCGUCAUCUCAGUCGUGGAUUUCGCUGCGAUCCCCCCCGGCAGCUCUUUGCAAAGCGGCUUGAAACUUCUCCCAAAGUCGACAUGGAUACGGCGGCAGCGGCGCUGCCUGCUUUUGUGGCACUCCUGCUCCUCUCCCCGUGGCCUCUCCUGGGGUCGGCCCAAGGCCAGUUCUCCGCAGGUGGCUGUACUUUUGAUGAUGGUCCCGGGGCCUGUGACUACCACCAGGAUCUGUAUGAUGACUUUGAGUGGGUCCAUGUUAGUGCUCAAGAACCUCAUUACCUGCCACCUGAGAUGCCUCAAGGUUCCUAUAUGAUAGUGGACUCCUCAGACCAUGACCCUGGAGAAAAAGCCCGACUUCAGCUGCCUACCAUGAAGGAGAACGACACUCACUGUAUUGAUUUCAGUUACCUGUUAUAUAGCCAGAAAGGGUCGAACCCUGGCACUCUGAACAUAUUAGUUAGGGUGAAUAAAGGACCUCUUGCCAAUCCGAUUUGGAAUGUGACUGGAUUCACAGGUAGAGAUUGGCUUCGGGCUGAGCUAGCCGUGAGCACCUUUUGGCCCAACGAAUAUCAGGUAAUAUUUGAAGCCGAAGUCUCAGGAGGGAGAAGUGGUUAUAUUGCCAUUGAUGACAUCCAAGUAUUGAGUUAUCCUUGUGAUAAAUCUCCUCAUUUCCUCCGUCUGGGGGACGUUGAGGUCAAUGCAGGGCAGAAUGCUACGUUUCAGUGUAUUGCUACAGGGCGAGAUGCUGUGCAUAACAAGUUGUGGCUGCAGAGACGAAAUGGAGAAGAUAUACCCGUAGCCCAGACUAAAAACAUCAAUCACAGAAGAUUUGCUGCUUCCUUUAGAUUGCAAGAAGUGACGAAAACUGACCAGGAUUUGUAUCGCUGCGUAACCCAGUCAGAACGAGGUUCUGGUGUGUCCAAUUUUGCUCAACUUAUUGUGAGAGAACCACCAAGACCCAUUGCUCCACCCCAGCUACUGGGCGUCGGGCCUACGUAUUUGCUGAUUCAGCUAAAUGCCAACUCCAUCAUUGGCGAUGGUCCCAUUAUCCUGAAAGAAGUGGAGUAUCGAAUGACGUCAGGUUCCUGGACGGAAACCCAUGCAGUCAAUGCUCCCACUUACAAGUUAUGGCAUUUGGAUCCAGAUACUGAGUACGAGAUCCGCGUCCUACUUACAAGACCCGGUGAAGGCGGCACAGGGCUCCCAGGACCUCCGCUGAUCACCAGAACCAAAUGUGCAGUCAAAAUACUUGAAAGAAUGAAAUAGGACUGUUACAGAUUGGGAGAUGUACAAGGCUUACUCCUA